AGCUGACUGAGGGGAGAGAGCAAUCGGCCUCAGGACGUCCGGUCGCUGUGCGUGAGAGGAGGUGGAAGAGACUGAAGCGAGUCAAGGGUCUCUCUGAGGGGACAUCCCCGAGAAGCGGCGGCGGGCUCCUGCAACCCUUGCGCUCCUCAAACUCACUGCGUGCUGACGCGGCAGGUCACUGCCCAGCCCCAGCCCUGCUGAGAUUUCAGUGCGCAGUUUUGAGGGUCCCACCCUCCGCGGGCCUGCAUGGUUUGGGGGUGGAAGCCAUCCUAAGGCUCCUCUGGACCUGAGACAGGCCGGGAACGGGUUGUGGGCCACCUCCCUCCCAUCGGCGUCUUUCGCUCCUCAGCAAGACCCCCUGGAAGUGAGUCUUGCUUCCAAUCGCCCUUGGAGUGUAGAGUUCCUGCAGCCCGUGAGCUGUGAGUGGAGGCAACUCACGAAAUAAGUGCAGGGAACAUCACUGCCUGCUUCCCAAGCCUGGAAGCUCACAGCAGAGGGGUCGUCGAAGACAGACGUGGAGAAAGUGCUAAGGCAGAAGUCACAAAGACUUUGUAACACUUUAGGAGAAGACAUAAUGUCAAGUGGAGCUGGCUGGCAGUCACAGGCUUCUGCCAAGCCCGUUUUUACUGAGGCACAAGCCUCUGCACUGGUAGAAUCGGUAUUUGGGUUCAAAGUUUCCAAGAUCCAGCCACUCCCUAGCUAUGAGGACCAAAACUUUCGUGUUCACAUUGCAAGAGGCAAAGAGACUACAGAUGACCCAGUUGAAUAUGUCCUCAAAAUAAGCAAUACGGAGUCUAGCCAAACUCCAGAGCUGAUUGAAAUGCAGAACCAUGUCAUCAUGUUCCUGAGAGCAGCUGGAUUCCCAACAGCCUCCGUAUGCCGAACUAAAGGGGACAACACCAUCUCUCUCAUAUCCAUUGACAGUGGAUCUGGAGUCAAAAGCUACUUGGUAAGAAUGCUCACUUACCUCCCAGGAAGACCAAUAGCUGAGGUUGCCAUCAGCCACCAGCAAUUAUAUGAAAUAGGAAGGCUGGCUGCCCAAUUGGAUAAAGCCCUAGAGGAAUUCCAUCAUCCAAAGUUAAGUCUUUUUCAUCGGGAGAACUUCAUCUGGAAUCUGAAAAAUGUUCCUCUUCUAGAGAAAUACAUGGGUGCCCUGAGCCAAAGUCGAAACCGGGAGAUUGUUGAACAGGUCAUUCGGAUGUUCAAGGAAGAAGUAAUGACCAAAUUAAGUCAUUUUCGAGAAUGUAUUAAUCAUGGUGAUCUUAAUGACCAUAACAUUUUAGUAGACCUCAGCAAGUCAGCCUCUGGAGAAGGUGUGCAUCAAGUGUCUGGGAUUUUAGACUUCGGUGACAUGAGCUAUGGCUACUAUGUGUUUGAAGUGGCAAUCGUUAUCAUGUACAUGAUGAUUGAAAGCACAAACCCUAUACAAGUAGGAGGUCACAUCCUCGCAGGGUUUGAAAGUGUGAUCCCCCUGACGGCUGUAGAGAGGCAGGCUUUGUUUUUACUUGUAUGCAGUCGUUUUAGCCAGUCUCUCGUCAUGGCUGCAUACUCCUGCCAGCUGUACCCAGAGAACAAAGAGUACCUCAUGAUUACAGCCAAAACCGGAUGGAAGCAUUUACAGCAGCUGUUCGACAUGGGCCAGAAAGCCGUUGAAGAAAUCUGGUUUGAAACUGCCAAGUCCUAUGAAUCUGAGAUAUCCAUGUGACUGCCGCGGUAAAAAAAUUAAAUCGCUCAAAACUCCCCGGUGGUGCACAUGCGCUCGGCGCUAUGCACCCACAAUGUUCUGGAUUCCCGAGUGAAAGACACACACGCACAACCUUAUUUUUAAUAUGCCCUAAGCAGGUCAAUUGCCGGGCCACUCCCUAACUCCACUUGGUUAACGCACACUCCACUUCAAUAUUCCUGAGUUAUUACUUACUAAAAUCUAUAUAUUAUCUUUGUGCCCUGGACCUGGCUGGGCAGCCCUCCUGGGCAGCUUUCCCCCUGCACCUACAUGUCGGCGGUCUUUCCCUUCUGUAUCUUUCUGGCGUGGUCCUAUGCCCCUCUUGUGGCAAAAUCUUCUCUUCCUACUCUCUCUGUCUCUUCCCAGGAAUCCUAAAAGUCCCACCUCUGUCUCUGCCCAGUCAUUGGCCGCUGGUAAUUUUAUUGACAAGUCAAAAACUAACUGGGGACAGGCUUCCUUUAGUCCUAAAUGUGGGACACUGCAAACAGGUAUUUUUGGUAACAUAAUUAGCAUGAGAACACAAGCCGUUACAAGUGACCUUAGAAAAGCUUGUGUUAAUUAAAACCCAGUUGGCCUAGAACAAAUUUAUGAAGGAUUUUUGUGCAGAGUUAAAACUGAAAUGGUAAAACAGAUCCAUUCUCACAGGGCAGUGGUGGCGCACGCCUUUAAUCCCAGCGCUUGAGAGGCAGAGGCAGGCGGAUUUCUGAGUUCGAGGCCAGCCUGGUCUACAGAGUGAGUUCCAGGACAGCCAGGGCUAUACAAAGAAACCGUGUCUCGAAAAACAAAACAAAAAAACAAAACAGAGCCAUUCUAAAUAGGAAUUGGUGAAGGAAGAUCUAAUUUUUACAGCGAUCUUUGGACCAUCUUUUACUCUUAAGAAAGUCUACAUGAUGAACCCUUGCCUAGUAUGCAAAGCCCGGGUUCAACCUCAGCACUACAGAAACAAGGAAAUCCACACAAGUACCACCCAAGUAAGCAUGUCUCUGUGCAGGUCAUGCUUGCCUUUUACAAGAAACACACAUGAUGAUACAUGACUUGUCUUCAGUCUCCGAAGAUCGAUUCUCGUCCUUAGAUCAAUGAUUUUUAAACUUUGAAAAGAAUGCAUAUGUACAGCUAUAUUAAUUUUGUUUGUUUGUUUGUUUGUUUUUGAGGCAGGGUUUCUUGGCUGCCCUGGAACUCUCAAAUUCAUAGAGAUCCAAUUGCCUCUGCCUCUCAAAUGCUGGAAUUAAAGGCAUCUACCACCGCACACAUAUUCACAUAUUUUGAAUAAUCCACAUAUUUUAAAUACCUAACCUAUACAUCGCUAACUCUAUGAAUUCUUCCUUAAUCUCACCUGUCAAGAAGUGAGGUAGUGAGGUCUUUCUGUCUUUUUUUUUUUUGGCAUUUUACUAUUACCUGCAUAUUGUUGUACAGUCAUCUAUCUUGUAAGUUACCAUGACACAGACCAUGAGAAACUUAAAUACAUAGCUUACACAUCACAAAUUCUGUAGACUCUUAAUCUCACCUCUCUAGAAGUGAGGCAUUCUAUCUUUUUUGUGGCAUUUCACUCUUACCUGCUGAUGGUUGUACAGUUAUCUAUCCUGUAAAUUGACAUGGCACAGCCAUGAAAAACUUACAUCUGGGUGUCUCUUCUUGUCCCUCUGAUAGUGCCUUCCCCACAGAAAAGUCUUUGGACACAUUUACAAAAUGAAUGCAUGCAAGAAGAAAGAUAUGGUGAAGCCCUCGGGGAAAACACAAGAGGGAGUCCUGAGAAAAACUUGUUUGGGAGAGUAGCUGCAACCAGAACUCCAGACACAAGUGCAUUGAAGCACAUGUAGGCAUCCAGGCAAGGCCAUUAUCCAGGACACCAGCAAGGCGCCUCAGCAGUUAGGGCUUACUAUGCUCUUCAGGCUGGUCUUAAACAUCGUGGCUCCCAAGAUCCUCCUGUUCAGCCUCCCAAUGCAGAGACUAUAGUGAUACACCAUUCUGUUUGGCCCCACAUGUUCUUUGUUCUCUAUAACUAAUGAUUGCCUUUUUAUAAGAUUCUGUAAAAAUGCAGAUCAUUGCAUUGCAUACUUGGCUUAAGUUUUAUCUCAGUAUUUCCUUUACUGGCUCCUUUUCAUGUCUCUCUAGUCUAAGUGGCUAUUUACUUAUUCUUGUAGGGUGGGAUUUUUUUUUUUUUCUUUUCUGUUUUGAGACUGGAUUCCACUGUGUUGUCCAUACUGGAAUCAAGCUGUCGCAUGGUUAUCCUGGACUCACAUGAUAAUCCUGCCCAUGCAACCCAGUAGCUGGGACUGUAGGCAUGCAUAGACCACUCACUGCAUUCUUUUGUUUAACCACAUGCUUUCUAAAGAUGACUCAGGUCUAGACCCCUAGUCAUUUAUUUAAACAUCUUGUUAGUAGUUAUCCGUCUAUGUGAGUAGGCUUUGAUACUAUAACUCUUGUCUGAUGUUUGCCUGCCUAUCUACCUGUCUAAACUUCCCAAACUAGGUAUUUCUCUGAAUUUACUUAUACAAUUUAUUUUUAACUUCUCCAUGUCUCCCUUUUCUUUUCCUUUCUCGUUUCUUUUCUUUUCUUUUUUUAGAGCAAGAUAAUGUUUGUACUUAGAGAGUCAAUUGUGAGGGUUUUUUAAGAGGCUAUGGCAGCCUCUUAGCAUAGACUCUGGCACAUAGUAGAGGCAUAAUAAAUAGUUACUAAAUAAUGGAUCAUAUUUCAGGUUACGCACACUCAAAAUAUUGGUGUGGCACGCUGCUUGCCCUUCUCACAGUCAGCCAUCGAGCCCUGCUGCUUUCACAAAUCAGGAUUUUAGGUUAACAAAUCUGGAGCGGUUUUGUCUUUCCUGCUUCAUUAGUUUUUCAGUAGAAUAUACUAUACUACAAUGAUUAUUGAAUGUUAUUUUACAUGCACUACCUCAUUUAAUCCAGAACAGAAUCACAAAGAUAUUCUGAUGAUUAAUCUCCAUUUUUAAAUAAAGAAAUAGAGCCUUGAAAAGCUGAUUUAUUGCUUUAGAAGGGAGCUCAGGCUUAGAUCUUGAAUUAGGUCUUUGGGCUGUUACCCCUGUUCCUAAUCACUACAAAAUCCCAUCCUGCUGCCUUUCCUUCCUUGUUUUUACACACCCACACCCACACCCACACACAUGGGGGCAGUACAUGAGAUCAUUCACAUGUGAAACACUUAGGAUACUCAUAUUUGAGGUUUUUAUUUAACUUGGCCAAUCAGGACCAGAAAAAUGGGCUGGAACUUGGGUCUCAUUCCAAAUCAGUGUUUAUCCUGUUAUACAAUGGAACUCUGCAAGUUUCUCUUGAUUGUUCUUGCUAAGAGAGAUUCUCCACUAAAUUCCUAUUGCAAAUAUUGCUAAUUUCUGUUUGAAAUUAAAUAUAUGCUGCAUUGUAUGGAUAUUU